AUGGAUGGUGGGUAUGAAGAUGAAGGAGAGGAUGUUGUUGUUCGCGUUCAGAAAAGAGGGAAGAGUUGGAAGGAGGUCGGGCAGAAUGCUUUGAAGAAGAAGGCACAUCUGCAGAUGAUGCGGAAGAGGCGUAGAGAGGAUUAUGAUGAUGUUGACGAGGGAAGGAGACCUGUGAAGAAGACGAUACUUCCUGCGAUGAAGCAGAUGGGUAGGAAGUUUGAUGAAACAGGGGUAGCAAAAGGAAAGCCCCCUGCAAAACAGAAGGCAAUCAGAGGGAAUAACAGGAGGAUGUUUGUGCGGGUACCAAUUCCGAAACAUCCUAUGUCUAGGGGUGAGUAUGCGAAGUUUCACGGCGUGGUAGUUGCUACUCAGCGGGCUAAUUGUGGCCGGAAGCAACCAAGCGUUAUCUGUCGCACGGAUGCAUUUUCUAAGAUUAUUGCUGCUUUUAAUGAGUCAAGGAGAAGUUGCGUUAGGAAAAUGGGUUUCGGGGGGAUAUUGGAUUUGAAAAUAUCCAAGCUACCUAGGCAGCUGUGCUACUGGCUGAUGUCCCGGUUGGAUGGGGGUAACAGUUACCUUGUUGGAGGGGACGGCCAUGUGUUGCCGAUAACUGCUUCCCAUUGGGAAUAUGUAUUCGGAUUCCAGAACAGCGGUCUUCCGGUGCCAGUGAAGGAGUCUGAUCUUCCUCCAGGCACCCUUAAAGCGAUGGCCCUCAAGUAUGGUGAAAAGAAUACAUCAACCUCAAAGAGCACAAUAAUCAUAGCAAAAUCUGUAAAGGAAUUGGCAGGGCCGGUUGACGGUGAAGGAAAGAUAAAGCCCCUGGCUAAUCAGCGUGAUAGGGCCUCGUUCAUGGAAAAUUUCAUGAUUGUGUUGCUGGGGCAGAUUUUAUGUCCUUCUACCGAUGGGGGUAACAUGUCUUUAAAAUUGCUAGGUGCAGUUUCCGUGGCAAAGAAUGCAUCAUUGUACAAUUGGUGUGAGUUUUGUCACACAUGGCUUUUAGACUACGGAGACGCCUGUCAGCGGAAGAUAGACCAUCAGGGGUAUGCCGCUGGGACUGGUGGUUGUGUGUUGUUUUUGCUGAUUUUCUACCUAGACCAUUUAUGCAGGCAUCCUGUGAGAUGGGAUGAGUUUCCCAGGAUCAAAGCCUGGACACAGGAGGAAGUGGAUGAGGCCAAGAACCGGGAUAGGAAAGCGAGUGAAGAUUAUGGAAGGAUUACGACUGUUGAUGUUGUGUACGGGGAUCCUCAUCCCCUUUACGGCAGGGAGGGUAGACGGUCUCCCGCAGUAGAGGUUGCUGAGAUGGUAGCACAGAUGACUUCUUCAGAAUGGAGACGCACCCUAGCUCAGGAGGUCACAGAGAUGGUUAUGGGGCAGCUUGCUCCAUUAUUGCAAGAUCGCCGGGGCGUAUCCCGUGAAAGAGGAAUGAGGUCAUAUCAUGCUACCGAUCAUUUGACGAUAGAUGUUGAUGGUGUGGCUAUGCCGUUGGACAAGUCUGUCAAUAAGGUGCUUACAGAGUUGGAUGCCGAUGACGAUUCCGAUGUGGAGUUGCAACCGUCUGAUGGGGGACGUGUAUUUGUGGGCCCUCAUGGGAGUGUGCCAGUUAUGAAUCCCCUAGACCCGGUCAGCCACGGUGAUGUACCUUUGGUCCACACUGCUGUCAGCCACGGUGAUGUACCUUUGGUCCACACUGCUGAUGAUGUUGGUGUAGUAGCAACUGAGCCAGAAACAAGCAAGCACCUGGUCGACCAGACACAUCAGCACGGACAGGUUCAAUCUGGUGACGGGCCACCUUCAGAUGGAAUGUCAUCGGAGAAGGUGGGACAGCUGGGUGUAGUUGAAGACAAAGAGGAUGAUGAAGACAAUGGUGAGGAGAAUGUUGAGGAGCCGGAAGAGCAGGAUGGUGGCGUCAAGGAUGGGGGGCCGAAUAACAGGGAUGAUGACGAUGAUGAGGGACCGGCUAAUGGUCCUGUGCAAGGAACGGUUGCAGCAUCGCCCUUGGAGAACAUCGCUCAAGAGAACCCCUCUGAAGAUAAGAACAGUGAAGAGAACACCAGUCAAGAUAACCCCACUGAAGGGAAGACCACUGAUGAGAAUCUCCAAACUGAUGACCAAGAACGACCACGGGAGAAAUUGAUCCUAAGGAUUCCGAGAACAAACCCAAAAACACGCAAUCGGCAGACGCGAGUACGAAUGACAAAACUUGAGAGUGACGUAGUAGCUUAUGUGGAGUCAUACAAUCCUAAAGGGAAAGAGCAGGGGGCCAUGCUUAUCGAGUGUGAUGGUAAUGAUGCAAAUCAGAUGAUGUGCUACUCGGUUGUGCGUCCUAGGGAGUACGUGCAUUCCCAGUACGUUCGGGCCGUUGCAAACAUAUACAACAGGGAAUGGGCUCUAGAAUACCCAACGAAUUCUCGCAGAAUCAUGCUAGACUCCUCAUUUGCGUAUCAGAAAUUAAAGACGAGGGAAACAUAUGCUGGUCUGCUGAAGAAGUGGUCCACCCCUCUCCAGAAGAUUGUGUCAGCUGAUAUAUCUGUGAUAGCAGCUGUGGAGUACGUUCUACAUUGGAGGGACACGCAGUAUAAUGCAGCUCUUGUUUGGAAGUUGAAGCAAAUGCAUACUUGGCCCUUGGACUCCAUUAGCUUCCCUGACUACAACGACAAUCAUGCGUGUGGAAUAGUAAUGCUUAUGGCUAUCCAGGAAAGUGCAAGGGCAUUUACAAAGACGAUGCAAGUGGGGGACAUCAGUAUAGCUCGGGAGGCACUGUUUUUGUCUCACUUGAAUUCAGAUUUCAACUCCUGCCGCCCGCUUCUUCCCCAAAUCGUUGCAACCCACUGCCCAGUUCGUUGA